UAGCAGUUGGGCGUUUCUAUUAUGUUACAUCGUGCGCUCAUCUCCAACGCGGCAGUUUGUCUAUGUCCUCAUCACACCGCACGGCUUGCGCUACUCCGUAUAAAAAAAACGCUUGAAUGGUCUCUGGAAAUAUGGCCGCCUGACCAUAACUGUACGCAUAUCACCGGGGGCACGUGUGGAAAAGUGGUUUAUGCUCUAGUGUUAGUGUCUGGUUGUGAGCUGCUACGUCUGCCCGGUGUCCACACGGCGAGUACAUUUGAAUCCCCUGGAGCUGAAGCGGCUGUCAGUCUGUUUCCUCGGAUCGCUGGGCACUGCAGCAAGAGGGCCACGAUGGAGCCAGUAAACCUGGACGAUCUGUGUUCUCAUGUUAAUUCCAAGAUAAGUAUAAUCAAGAAAACUCUACACUUGCGACACAUCGGGCAAGAUCCUUCCUUAAGAAGUGCACUCGGCAAAGUGGCCUGUGAGCUGCAUGUGCUAUGGGAACUCCUUAAUAAAGUGGAAGCAGAGGUACAAAAGCAGGAAUGCACCGCAACAUCAUUGAAGGAGCUGCAGCUCACUCUUGAGAAAGAUUUCACCGAUGCAUCUCACCUCAAUGACAAUAUUCCUCCGCAUCUUCCCAAGAAAGGUCCCAGCAGUCAUGUAGCCCCGGGUAAGGAGACUAUGGUGGAAGAAAAGGUCAUCGUUCCAGAGCCGACAAAGAAACCCGUCAAGGAAAAGCUCAUUAAAGAAAUGGAGCUGAUUACGGUACAGGAGUUCGGCAGCGUGCCAGCGUAUAUGAAAAACCGCCUGACUUACGAGCAGAUCAACAGCCUUAUUGAAGAGAUAAACAAGGCUGUAGUGGGAAAGUACAAAAUUUUGCGCCAAACGUCAAAAACUCUGAACAACACGUCCAAAAAGCAAGUGGUUCGCUUUAAGGAGGAGGAGACUAAAGACACAAAAGGUCAGUUUUUCAUCGUAGAGCAAGAUAUAAAAGAAUUUACUCAAGUAAAAGUUGAUAAAAGAUUCCAUGGUAUACUGAGCAUCCUGCGGCAUUGUCACCGACUGCGUGAGCUGCGUGGGAAGGGAAUAGUGCGUUACGUUAUAUGUUAGUGAAUCUGCUGUUUGUGUUGUCACUCAUGCUAACAUCUGAUAUUGCCCAGCGGAAAGGAUGAGACGGUAUAGAAGACCUGGUGCUACCACUGUAUGCACCAGUAUUUACUAGUAGUCUGACUAGAACCGGGUGAUCUCUGAUAAUGGAUGGAUUAGCUGUCAUUCUAGGUGUUAAUAUUUGUAUGUAUGCUACAGACCUUUUAAGGGAUAUCUGUCUAAAGUAAACUUGUAAUUAAUGCAUUACAA